AUGGCGGACCUCCUCGGCGACCCGGCGUGGCCGCAGCUCCACCCGCGACCCUACACCGACACGCCUUUGCCGGGCCUGCAGUGCGAGCUCGCGCCCGACGACGCACGCGUGCUCCACACCACCCGCCUCCACCUGGCCCCCGACGUCACCACCCCGCCCUGCAGGCCCGGGGCCAGGCUCGACCCCGCCUCGCUGCGCGGCCUGCCGCACCUCCGGAUGCUCUCCGUCUUCGUCUGCUUCGACGUCGACCGCGCUGUUCACGUCGUCGUCCUCGCUCGAGCAGAUUGUGCUCAAGUCCAACCCCGGCCUCACCGGCCCCAUACCGGCGACGUUGAAAGGGGCUUGACUAUGAGGUUAGGGAAGAAUGACAGCUACUGCUAUACUAGCAGUGCAUGUUUUACUCUGCAGUUCGACUACCUCAUCCCACCGAUGGGGAUGGACAAGUGCAGCGCGAAUGGAUAA